GUACAUAUAGUUUUGAAUUUUUUUAAUUCAGAAAGUGAAGCGAUUAAAGUGUUGGUAUAUAUUGGAAAUGAAUGGAUUUGAUGUGGAAGAAUUGAAUUGAUGUGGUCAUCUUGCCCUUUUUGCACGCUUCAAGUUCUUUCAACAGAACUCCAGAGGCACGCCAACAAUCACUUCGAGGAUGAGGAUCAGGAUGUCCGAUUGGCGAAUCAUAAUAUCUCGGUUGACAAUCCCAUGCAAGCAGCAGCAAGUGUUAGUUCUGAAGAAAAUAUUCGUCGUUUACAGGUGAGGGAUGCCAACCUUAAGCGUGAGGUGAAGCAUGGUUUUAUGACCUUGUUGAAGAACUGUUUAGAGUCGGAGUCUGGGAAUUCUAUAAAUAUAUUGUCAGGUUACACUGAUCAUUUCCAGAGCUUAAAGUUUGAAGAUGUUGGGUGGGGGUGUGGGUGGCGAAACAUCCAAAUGCUUGCCUCUCAUUUGCUUGUCCAAAGGCAAGAAGCAAGGGAGGUUCUAUUUGGAGGAGUUGGGUUUGUGCCUGAUAUCCCUUCACUCCAACGAUGGCUUGAAAUUGCAUGGGGGAAGGGAUUUGAUGCAGCAGGAUCAAAUGAUUUUGAUCAAAAGAUAUACGGGAAACGAACUUGGAUUGGCACCACUGAGUGUGCUGCACUUUUUCGUUCUUUUGGGCUUCGUGCUUGCAUUGCGGAUUUCUGUUUUUCAAACCCCCCAGAUGAUGUUGUAAAACCCCCACAAGUUAUUGGGCCAAUGGAUAAAUAUCUGAAUCGAUCAGAUGCGUCUGAUCCAGGCUCUAGUAGUAAUGCUAAAUGUUGCCCUGAAUCGGUCAAUGGCCAGCAGCUCCUUGCCAACUGGGUGUGGUCUUACUUUUCUGACAACAGUAGGCUCAGCAGAUCAGGCUGCAACCAAGUUGUUGUCACUGAAAAAGCGCCCUUGUAUUUCCAGCACGAUGGGCAUUCAAGAACUAUAGUUGGAAUUCAAUUGAAAAAUCUUCCAAAUGGGAUGCAGCAAUCCAAUCUUCUAAUUUUAGAUCCUGCUCAUAAAACACAAGUUUUAGAAAGUUGCCUGAGCAAGAAAGUUGGAUGGCAAAGGUUUAUAAAAAGAGGGGUUCACACUCUCAAGAAGACGGAGUACCAGUUGUGUUAUGUGGAUCCUGGAAUUGCCGCUGGACCAGAGUUGGAGAAGCUUAAGACCUUGGAUAGUUCCCGUUUUGAAUUUGAACACCUAUAAGGGCUAUGCUGCUAUGGUGUGUGAUAUCAGUUUCGGACCCCCACAUGAUUUACUAUUUCUUUCAUACUGGUAUAUUCGGUACCGGUACCGUUACUAAUUCUCAGGUGAUUACUAGUGUCUAAGGAGGUGUAAGAACCAGAGAGAUGGUGUUAAUUCGCGGGAGAGGUGUCACAAAGUGUAGGCUGCCGUGGCAGGCUGCACAAACUGCAGGCACAACCCAUUACAGACCGUAAAGGUUAGUGAUUGAUGUCCCUGGAUGGCGGCUCCCCAAUCCAACUUUCUUUUAGUAGACAUUGGCAUUAUCCAUUGAACUGAUGUUGAUUUUGAGACUGUGUUAGACGUUUUAUCAUUUGUACACUUUAGUUUAUUUUAUGACUUUUGUUGUGGUUGUUUGAAUUUUUAGUCUAAAACUACAUGUGAUGCCA